AUGGCAGCAUGCGAUACGACUCAACACGCGGCAUCCUGCGGCCACUGCACGUGCAACCCGUGGGAAGUGGACUGCCCUCUCGCGCCCUGGGCUCGCGUUGCCGCGGACCCUGUCCCUGUCGUGUCAGAGCACGGCGUCGCAGCACACGCUGCUGUUUACCACGCACAGCUCGACGUCCUGGCCACUUUUGGCGGGCUCACCGUCAACGGACCAUCGUCGCAGACGCGCAUGUACAAUUUCACAGCACAGGGAUGGACCACCCUCGCUCCCGCAGCAGCUUCACCGGCCCCGGCCGCCCGGUAUUCGCACGCCUUCUGGCUCGACGGUGACGCGCUACACAUACACGGCGGCGUCAACGCUUCCGAGCGCACCGCUGCCGCAUAUGGCAUUGCACACCACCCAGCACACUACACGGAUGACCACUGGCGCUUGGACCUCCAGUCUGGCGUGUGGCGGCGUGUUGAUGCGCGCGGUGUGCCACCACCAGCAGUUGCCGGCCACACAGCCACACUUGUUGGGGACACGGUGUAUGUUGUUGGUGGCCGCACUGCAGACACGCUGUUCAGUGCAUAUGUGCACGCGUUCAAUGUGACGGACGAAGCAUGGUCACGCAUUGUGCCGCUCGCUGCGCACUUGGGCAAGGUCUCUGAUCACGCUGCUGUGUAUCAUCCGCAAUCGCACGCCAUCAUCGUCAGUGGCGGGUACAUCCCAGGCAACCUUCGCUUCCCGGGCCGCACAUCACAGGUGCUGCUGUUUUCGUUGACGGAGCCGUCCUGGCGUGUGCUCGUGGCACACGAUGACAGCCGGCCCACGCUCGCCUUCCACAGUGCGGUGCUGUGGGGAAGGUUCAUGGUUCUGUUUGGAGGGUUUCGCCACAGCCAUUACGAGGACGAGGAGUGCCACUCCAACGACCUUCUCGUGUUUGAUGUCGACUGCGCCACCUGGCACCCGCACACACCCGCACUCAACAGUCCGUUCAGCGGGCGGUUUGCGCACGCUGCUGCCGUCCGCAAUGGCCACAUGCUCCUCCACAGCGGGUUCUCAGGCAUCUUCCACACCGAUCUUCUCAUCACUGAUGCCAGCACAUUAACGGGGCGCAUGGGGUUUUCACGCUUUGAGCGAGCAAGCAUGCCUGCCCGCGACAGCGAUGUGAUUGCGGAUGUGUUCAACCCAUCUGUUGGCGUUGCUGCAUCGGUGGUCUCUGUUGUUGACGAGGCGAACCGGGUCUCAGUGCCGCGGCACACACUGUUCCUCGCCACCAUCGUCGCCAGCGUCACGGGUGUGCACGGGUUUGGCGUGAAGAGCAACGAUCCUGAUGGGUUCUUCGGUGUGUGGGCGGCGCCUGAGGUGGCGUGGCAGAAUGCAACCACUCCCCCGCAGGGCAGCCGUCUCUUGUUCGUGCAGCACACUUCGCAGACGCGCGGCAUGGUUGUGUAUACCAGCGUCAACAUGACAGCAGGACAGCCGUAUUACCUGGCGUUCAGCACGGGUGCCCGCGGUGGCAUUCGAUACGAGGCCAAGUUGGAGUGGAAGCAGCCAGCUGACGCUGCGUUUCGUAUCCUAACCGCAGACGAUGGCGUGCAUCAGUUUCAAACGCGCGCAUGUGCACGGCACGCUGACUGCAGCUCGUGCCUGUACGACGCUGCAUGCUUCUGGUGCGAUGGCCAGUGCCGUUCUUCCAAUGACACCGCCACCAGCACUGCCAACACCACCACCACCACCACCACCACCACCACAAGCAGCGGCAGCAGCAUGGCGUGUGCAUCCGCGCCCGUUUUGUCCGCUGGUUUGUGCACGGACUGCAGCACAGCGCUCACGUGCCACGAGUGCGUAGACGAUGCAGUCCCCGGCUGCGCGUGGUGGCGCGACACGUGCGUUCCGGUUGCUGCUGUGUCGGAUAAUUCGUCCACCACAGACGCGGCGGCGUGUCCCGCCCCCUGCAGCCGUCGGGAGGACUGCAGCGCGUGCAUUGGAGCGGAUGCCGGUGCCACAUGCGUGUACUGCGAGUCAACGGCGUCGUGUAUCGACAGGGCGACCUCCACAGCCGUCAAUGCGUUUGGCCAGUGCCUCAGCUUUGCGUACUCUUCAGACGAGUCUUCACAGCCGUGUGCAAACUGCUCCGUUCACGCCACCUGCGAUACCUGUCUCAACAAGCUGGGCUGUGGCUGGUGUGCUCACCCAGACGAUGGGGAUGUGGGAGCAUGCGUGAGUGGGGACUUUGACGGCCCUGCUGAGCAACAGUGUCCCCUCGUGUCCGCCAACAACACGUAUGUGCUUGAGCCUGCGCGUGGCGAGUUCUACUACCCGCACUGCCCGGAUGUGGACGAGUGUGCACUUCAGAUUGACGACUGUGGGCCCAAUGCCGUGUGUCGCAACACCAACGCCAGCUACGUGUGCGAGUGCGAGCCUGGUUACGCCUCAGCAUCGGUCCUGUUCCCCGGGCGGAGCUCCGCCCCCUGUAUGCCGCAGUGCACGAAUGCAUGUGUGCACGGCACUUGCACAGCGCCUGACCAGUGCACGUGCGACGUGGGCUGGGCAGGUGCCACCUGUGACGUGGACUGCGGGUGCAACUUCAACGCAGAGUGCACCAACGCCACCACAUUCGGCGUCUGUCCUGUGUGCCUGCACAACACCACAGGUCCGCAGUGCGGGACGUGUGCUCCCGGGUUUUACGGUAAUGCGACCGACCCGGGUGUUGGCUGUCGUGCGUGCGAGUGCAACGGCAACGGUGACGCUGCAAAGGGCACGUGUGACCCAUCAACCGGUGUGUGCUACUGCACCAACUACGCUGCUGGCGACAGCUGCGAGCAGUGUCAGCCUGGGUUCUACCGGCGCAACGGGCGGUGCUACGCUGGCUGCCGAUACGACGACCGCGCCUACAACGCUGUCGGGUGGACGAGCCGCGUUGCGCUGGUGGAGCCUGCUGCCGGCUUUGGGACCCACACGGACGUCCGCAGCACCCACACCUCAGACACAUCGUGCAUGUGGCUGAUACGUGCGCCCGCAAACCACAGCAUUCGCGUCACGUUUGAGUUUGUCUCUGUAGAGUGUGCAUACGACUACGUGCACGUGUUUGACGGCGCUGCGCCGCAUUCGUCGAAGGUGCUGGCCAUGCUCAACGGGGAGCUGCCCACAACAACCGUGUAUUCGUACACGGGCGAGGUGCUGGUGGUGUUGUUCUCGGACAUCAGCUACGAGCUGCGGGGCCUGGAGGCCACGUACGCCAUUGAGGAGUGCCCUGCGCUGUGCUCUGGCCACGGGUCGUGCGAUGGAACAGGCCGCUGCCGCUGCGACCCCGGCUGGUCGGGCGACGCCUGCGCUGCUGAAAACUGCCCUCGCAACUGCUCAGAGCACAUGGGCCAGGGCACGUGCAACGCUGCGCGGACGGCGUGCGUAUGCACACCUGGCUACACCGGACGCGACUGCAGUGCGCAGGAGCAACCAGGGGUGUGGCGCCCGCUCCUUGUCGGCAGUGCUGGUGAUGCUGGUGAUGCUGGUGGUGCUGGUGCUGCGGCACCUGUGGGGCGAUCGGGGCACACGGCCGUGCUGAACGCCGCAGGCACGCAGCUGUGGGUGUUUGGUGGCCUGCGCGGCAAUGAAUACCUCGGGGACACGUGGGUGCUUGACUUGGACACGCGGGUGUGGUCGGAGUUUGAGAUGGCGCCCAGCUCCCUCACACCGGCAGGGCGACACCUGCACGUGUCGGCGUGGUUUGACGACCGCUUGUUUGUCAUGGGUGGCGCAACGGGGCCCGCCACAUACACCAACGACGUCUGGCGUUUGUCGCUCGACAAGCAGGCCUGGACGCACGUGUCAACGAGCGGGGACGCGCCGCCAGCCACCGCAGGCCACUGUGCGGCUCGCGUCGACAACACCCUCUAUGUGUUUGGUGGCCUUUCACAGGAUGUUGGGUUGGCAGCGACGCUGUACGCGCUUGACUUGGGCAGCAGCGUGUGGACGCGGGUGUCGACGUUCGGGUCGCGGCCGGACGGGCACUUUGCCGCCACGCUCGUGCACGACGCAGCGCGCAACCAGCUCAUCCUCUUUGGCGGGCGGCGGUACGUGUCGCCGGGCACGCUGCGGGACCCCGUGCGCAAUGCAGUCAUGCGCAUGUUUGACCUCAGCACCAACGCGUGGCGGGUCGCAUCAACAGCGCCCAUCUUCUGUGAAAGCGCAUCCUGCAUUGCGCGCUCGCAGCACGCGGCAGCUGUUGUUGGCGACUACCUGGUGGUGCACGGCGGAAACCCGUUUCUGCACCGAACACAGAACAUGUGCCACUCUGACGAGACGCUCAUCUUCAACAUCCCCUGCGGGAAGUGGAUUGCAGACACCACGGCUGCGGCCGAGGCAGCUGCCACCUCAGGCAGCGAUGGUGAUAUGACAGCAUCGCUGGUUCCGCUGCUGCGGAAAGCGCACCAGGCCGUUGCUCUGCCGAGCGGUGAGGUGCUCAUAUUCGGUGGUGUCUCCACGUCCGCCCUCAACGACGUGUACGUGUACCGCCCGCGUGCCGAGUACUGCGCGUUCCACUUAUCCGUUCGCAACUGUGAUGACGACCCUUCGUGUGUUUGGAACGCCACCGCCAGUGCGUGCGUGGUGGCGUCGGGUGCGGGUCUGCGCAACUGCACCUCGCCCUUCACCGAUGCAGCGGCGGCCCAGUGCACCGAUCGCUCCCGGUCUCGUGGCCUCUUCUCCCAGGACGAGUGCCGCGCGUGUGUGUCACACGAUGCGUGCGAGUACUGUCCCAGCACGACCAGCUGUGCGGCGACCAGCGACGCCGCUGCGUGCCCGCAGUCCUCGCCUGUGGUCUUUGAUAGCUCGAGUGACGCGUGUGGCGACUGCUCCCACCUCAUGACGUGCCGCUCCUGUCUCUCCGACCCAGCGUGCACCGUUGGCCAGGGUGUGUGCGCAGAGCGAGCAGCGCCGGCCACCACCCCUGUGGACGUGGAUGCCGUGUGCCUCCCCUCCUGCACCGUUCACACCACGUGCGGCGAUUGUGCGACGCAGAGCGGGUGCGUGUGGUGCGAGGGCACGCAGUCGUGUGUCUCCUCAGCCACCGUGACCACGGAGUUUGCGUUUGGACAGUGCUUCCGCUAUGCGGGCGAGGCUUCAACGUGCCCCAUCCUGGACUGCCAGGAUGCGAGCGAGUGCGACGACUGCUUGGCCAUGGCACGCUGCGGGUGGUGUGCGGACCCUGGCCUGAACGGCACUGGUCAGUGUCUCCAAGGAACACUCGCAGGCCCUGGUAUCUACGCGUUCAACACCUCAAGCACAUGCAGUGGUGCGCUGCGCAGCGUCGUUGGUGAGGCAGCCCUCGCCCUCCCUGCUGCAUUUCGCAACAACGACGACGACGACGAUAGUGAUGGGACCGCCAUCCUGGCGCGGGUGCCCGAAGACACGCUCAACCACACGACGUGGAACAGCAUCGACUGCCCGGAUGUGGACGAGUGUGCGCUUGGGACUGCGCUUUGUAGCGACAUUGCUGUCUGCAUCAAUGAGGACCCACGCCUCGUGCCCGGCUCUCGCGGGUACCGGUGCCUGUGCCCGGCCAACUACACGCUGCUUGACGACGGGGUGACCUGCGCUGCGGUGUGCAGCACCUACGGUUGCGUGAACGGAUUCUGCUCCCGGCCAGACGUGUGCGAUUGCUACCAGGGCUGGUACGGGCGAAACUGCACCUCCAACUGCGGCUGCAACGGCCACUGCACGUGCAGCGAUACCAGCGCGCGCAGCGCCUGUCUCGACAACACGGAGGGGCCGGACUGCGAGCGCUGCCAAGACGGGUUCCACGGCGCUGCCGAGGGUAACGGGACGUGUCUGUCAUGCUUGCAGGUGUGCAAUGGGCACUCGGUCCACUGCCGGCCCAAUGCCGUGCCUCUUCCUGGGCAGGAGAAUGAGCCCGUGUGUCGCAACUGCUCAUACCCGUCACGCGGCAGCUACUGCGAGCAGUGCAUGCAGGGCCAUUUCCUGGAUCCCGCCAUUCUCAAGAGCGCACGCGACGCCGGGUUGGCGCCCCUGGACUACAUUGAGCAGAAUGCCAGCACCGUCAACAGCUCGUGCGUGCCAUGUCAGUGCAAUGGCCACAGCAGCGUGUGUAACUCAAUCACGGGCGAGGAGUGCCAGUGCAAGGACAACACGCUGAGCUCGGCCAACAACUGCGACGAAGACGAGUAUGGUUCGUGCUACCAUGCGCAGUGCGACACGUGCAUGGACUCGCAGUCCUACAGCGGCGUCGUGCUGCAGCUGUCUGGUGAUCCGCGCGACGGGCGCCCAUGCUUUGUCGUGCCAUCUGCCGAUGUUGCUGUGCAGCAGCAGCUGGGCCCCGGGGACCUCAUCACAUUUGAGAUUACGCCCAAGUUCACCAACGUCAACAUGCGGCUGUUUGCGGAGGUUGAUCGCGCGCUGCCGUCGCGUGUGCGCAUGUACGUGCUGCGUGACGCCAACGUGACUGUCGACGAGAGAACCCACCAGCUGGAGUUUGGGCAGGCGCCCGUGUUUGCGGAGGAUGUGGAACGCCGCACCCUCUUCGUUGCAAAGUACAAGGCGUACCGGUUUGCCGAGGACAGAUUCUUCGUUGCGCUGCACAACACGGGGGCAAACGCGACGUCUGUGCUGUUUUAUUUUACGCAGCCUGUGGUGAGCAUUGAUCUUGUGGUGUUCUUCACCGUCUUCUUCUCCGCGUUUUUCCUGUUUGCCGGCGUUGUGAUUGGCGCAUCCAAGAUCCACGUCGUCCUGUCGGAGCGUGCAACCACAAUCCAAGAGCAAACACAGAUGCAGACGCUUGCGCGACGGCCAAUGGGAAAGCUGCUGCUGGCGUGGGGCCCUCCGGUUAUUUCUGGCGACGCCGCCGUGAACGUGGCAAACGCCAUCUCCACCGGCGAACUGCAGCCAACACCCAUCGCCUCCCAGCCAACGCGGGGGAACCAGUCGUCGCUGGUGACAAUGCUGGUGGAGCUUCCCAGCGGCACAGCUCAUCGCAACCUGUCCCUGGCCACUGCAAACGUGCGCGUUCCACGUGAAGGCGGUGUGCGCAAUCGUCGCUGGCGUCGUCGUCGUGGCGAUGAUGACGACAGCAACAACAGCAGCAGCAUUUCAACUUCGCGCUUGUAA